UAAGAGAGACGUUGCUUCACCGUUAGGCACGAUUUAUUUUUGUAAGGUGGAAAGAAUGAUGCGUACGAAAAUACUCGCACGUCCCGUCGGUAUAAGAGAUUGUUACGACGUUAAGCUGGAUAUGACCUAUGCGGAUGUCAUAAAAACCAUGCAGUUUGGAAAUAAGCCACGGAACAAGGCGAGUCACUGAGCCAAACAAUGGAAGAACGUCACACAGCUGAUAUGGCGUUGAAACCGAUGGUUAAACGUAAUGGUUUACCAUCGGGAUCGGGCACGUUUCGGGGCACUUUUCGUGUUGUUUACAUAGGUUCUGCCAUGCUAGAUAAGCGGCAUACUUUUGCCAUGCUGCCUUGGAUCGUAGCCGAAAUCGUAAGAAGAAAUAGCAGAAAGAAACAGGAUGUCCUCCUCACCCUUACCGAUUCCUCUUUAAAUGCAGUCAGUAUGGAAACUGGAUGUUGUGUAUUCGAGCAUAAACUGUAUACAAUGUCGAAAUUCGCCCAAACUAGUCACGACCUUCACUGUUUUACUUACAUAACCAGAGCUUCACCCGAAAGUCUUUCCAUUUGUCAUGUAUUCCGUUCGUCAAUCGAAGAAACGGUUUUGGACUUAUUUACUUCUGUUAAAGAAAUGACUAAGGAAAUGGCUCACCAUCAUCCUAGCAAGCACACACUUACUUAUAUGGGAAGUAAUCCUUCUACAGAUGCUGCAUCAAGCAAAUGGCACCAUUACGAAGUGUUAUACGUUGGUAAAAUUAAGGUAUCCCAUAAACGUGCCCCUCCGCUGUUUAUUGACGAAUCUGUCAAUAAAUUUCGUAACCUAGAAAAUGAAAAAAGACAGAAAAAGAGUGAGAAAUUGGAACCAAAUGAAUCUUAUGGUAAUAUGAGUAAUGGAGAGAAAAAAUCAAGUGAACCAACACUUCAAGAAAUAGCAAAUAUCACAUUGGAAAGAAAGAAAAGCCUGCCUGAUAUUUUUAUGAACAAAAGAUCUGUAGAUAAAAUGGAAGAGGAGGCACCAGCAGAAAGUGAAACAAGUUGCUUAGCUGCAAAUUCACAGACACCAGAAGACAAUGAAAAGAUUUCCAAUUUGUCAACAAUUUCAGAAAGUUGUGAUAAAUCUAGUCCUUCCAAAAAUUCUUCUUCAGAGAAUUCACAAGAAUCUUCAAAUACUUUAAUUCCUCCAUCAGAUCAUUCUCUCAUCACUCAUACUCAGAGCUUAGAUGCCCCCACAAAAGAAACUAUAAUACAGGAUCUAGCAAAAUGUGCAAAACAAGAAAAAAUUGACGAUAAAGAAAAUAAUAAGCCCAUAAAACCAACUAAACAGACUUCACUUCCUCUUUAUUGUGGUCCAACUGAUAACUUGAAACAAAUUGCAGGAACUUCUAGUUCGGUGAGUCGUCAGACUCAUAACCGAACAAUGUUAUUUGUGAUAGGACAAUUGGAAUUGUGUCUUUUAAGUACUGAUAAGAAGCAAGUGUUACUUAGAAAAUGUUUCAAAGAUAUUUCUCAUUGUUCCCAGGGUAUAAAAAAUCCAGAUUAUUUUGGAUUUAUCUGUAAAGAAACAUCAUUAACCGGUGUAGAAAGCUAUAUAGGUUAUAUAUUCUGUUGUCAAGCCGCAAGAGUUGUAGAUGAGAUAAUGCAUACUUUGAAGCAAGCAUUCCAUAAUGCGCAUCAAGAUUAUCAGAAACAUUUAACACAAGGGGAAAUUCUUUUCUGUGAAACUUGUCCUUUGCAUUGGUUUCACCGCCUUUGUUUGGAUAUUGAAGGUCUUACAACAGAUAAAGCUCAAGUAGCUAUUAUUCAUAGAAUUGCUUCUCUUUCUGAAAUUGAUCAGGAAGAUAUUAUAAAUAAAUAUCAGGGAGAAGAAAUUAAAAGUUUACAGCAACAGAAUGAAGUAUUUAUGAUGCUGCUGAGAAGAUUGUGUGAGGAAAAACAAAGGAAUCAUACGCACAUUCCUAACCAAGGGACCAAACAAGAACCAGAUAAAAGAUUAAUGCCUUUCUCUAUUGGACAGUUUAAGACCAAAAGACAAUUACCAGGUCCAUUAGAAUUAUUACUGAAGCUCCCUCCGGCAGAUGCUAAGAAAAAAAUUACUAGUUCGUCAUCGGCUCCCGUGACCCCCACUAAUCCCACGAAGUUUCUUUCUCCGAGUGACGAUAAGACAAAUGUAGAUGAUCAUUCACUGAAGACAAAUGACGAAAUUAAAAAGGAUAAACAGAGAGAAAAAAGAAAAAGCGAUCAAAAAGAGGCAGAAGAUUUAGAUAAGAAGCCCACACAUAUUCCAAUGAGUCCUUUAAGACACAUAUUUAUGAAGGUCGGAAGUCAGAGUAAAUUAGCCGUUCCCAUUCAAAUCAAACAGAAGUCUUACAUGAAAAAGGGGUCUUGGAGGCAAGCGAUCUUUCAAAGAGUCCAAACUCCCAUUCAACAAGAUCAAGUUGUGUAUGGAAAUAAAUUACAAAGUCCCAAAGGAAAAAAUAGAGAGGUUAGUCCGCCGGUAAGAAGAUCUCAAGCGGCUUUAAGAGCACUCUGGAGAAAAGCUAUUUUGGAACAGAUAUUACUUAUAAGAAUGGAAAAUGAAAAUAAAAAGCUAAAAAUUAUUCAGAAUUGUGCAAUGGAAAGAAGAAUUAAAUUACAUUAUGAGGAAUUAGUUCCGUGCGUCAAAGAAGCGGCCGAUAUCUGGGACGACAUAAUUCAAAAAUUCGAUCCCGCCAAUGGACCGGUUGAUUGUAAAACGUUAGAAGAAACUGUUCAGUUGGGCAUUCCUCACCAGAAGAGAGGUGACAUUUGGUUGUUUUUAGCAGACCAAUACAAGUUAAGAAACCCAAAUCUAGUUUUCAAGAACGACGAUAUUAAUUUGGAAUUAAAGUACUCCGAUUUAUUAAAACAGUUAACGCCUCAUCAACAUGCCAUUCUCAUUGAUUUAGGCAGGACGUUUCCUUCUCAUCCCUAUUACAGACAGACACUCGGUGCUGGACAGUUAUCGCUUUUUAACCUUUUGAAGGCUUAUUCCCUGUUAGACUCAGAAGUCGGUUAUUGUCAAGGUCUCAGUUUUGUUGCUGGAGUUCUUUUACUACACAUGUCGGAGUUGCAAGCCUUUGACAUGAUAAAACACAUGCUGUUCUGCCUCGGUUUUCGCGAUCAAUACAGACCUAACAUGGUAGCCCUUCAGGUGCAGCUAUAUCAAUUAUCUCGUUUGAUUUUCGAUAAUUUAUACGACAUCCACGUUCAUUUCGAACGCCACGACGUUUCUCCAGCUUUAUACGCCGCUCCGUGGUUCCUAACUCUAUUUUCCUCCCAAUUCCAUCUAGGAUUUGUAUCCAGACUAUUCGAUCUUAUCUUUUUACAAGGUAUGGAGGCAGUUUUCAAAGUAUCUUUAUUGCUGUUGACAACUUUUCGAGACGAUUUACUACGACUGACGACUUUCGAGACCAUUGUCGAUUACCUGAAAAACGUCCUGCCAUCUUUAGAUAACGAACAAACGUCGAGGAUUUUGGACGAAGCUAUUAGUUUAGACGUAGCCAAAUCUUUGCAGUCUUACGAAGUGGAAUAUCACGUACUCCAAGAAGAAAUGUUCCACAACACCUCAAAAUCCACGGAAUCAUUAUCCAGGCAGGAGAUUACCAACAACGAAUUAAAGCAAGAAAAUCAAAGCUUAAUUGAACAAUUACAGGCAGCAAAUACGACCGUGCACAAUUUAGAGGCCACAUUAACUUCGUAUCAAAGCACAAUCAACAAACUCCAGUCCAGAGUUAGAGGUCUCGAAGAUGAAAGGGAUGCCCUGUUACACAGCGUUAACGUUUUGAGGAAAAGGUUAGACGAAUUCGAUUCCAAAGCCCUGAGCCAAGUUAAUCAGAAGCACGAUGUUUUGUUAUUCAUCAAAGAAGCCAGCAUGGAGGAAGAAGAAAGCGCUUGAAAAAAAAACACAAAAAAAAACAAAAAAAAAAUGAAGUUGUUAUUCUGUGUACGUAGUUUAAUUAUAAAGAGCAACAGCACAAGUUACGUAAACGUGUAAAUUAAUAUGUAUAUAGUGAUGUUUUAGGUUAUUAAUAGAAGUAUGGACCAGGUGCUGUUGCACUCUGUUAUCAUAGAGGACAAUAGAUUAUUAUUAUUAUUAUUACUAUUACUAUUACUAUUAUUAAAGAAAUUUUUAGCCAAAAAGAAAACAUAAAAACAGGAAGGUACAUUCCUAAUGAAAAGCUAUGAAUGUGUAUAUAUAUAUAUAUAGGGCCUAUAUAUAAACAUAUCUGGGGAAAGUUUUAAAGAAUGGACCAGACAGACAGUAAAAGUUAUGUAAUGUGUUAUUUACGAAUAA